AUGUCUCACGCGUUGGAAGACAAGGCUUUGCACCAACUACAGCAAGAACAGUCCAGGCUCCUGGACAAGAUUGACGAGCUGCGCACCAUUGGCGUCGGUGGCCUUGUAGAACUCCCCCAGUUGAUAGUCUGUGGCAACCAGUCGAGUGGGAAAAGUUCCGUUCUCGAAGCCAUCUCGCGCGUGCGGUUCCCCGCGAAAAGUAAUGUCUGCACGCGAUUUGCGACCGAGGUCAUCCUGCGACGUAGUGCAGCAUCAUCUAAGAUCAAGGUAUCCAUCGAGCCCGGUCCUUCGCGCACGGACGAGCAGGAACGACGGCGACUCCGGAGCUUUGUCUAUAAGGACUUCUCUAACGGCAAUGACCUGCCUGCCCUAAUCGAGAAGGCUAAAGAGCACAUGGGAAUCAGAAUCACGGAGUUGGUUACUGCAGGCUUCAGCGAUAACAUGCUCAAGGUCAAAAUUUCAGGGCCAGACAAACCGGAGUUGACUCUGGUGGAUCUGCCAGGCCUCUAUUACUCCACGAGCCAGGAGCAGGGCUUGCAAGGUAUUUGGAUCUGCGAAACGGAUUACCAUCUUCAGGAGGUCCUGAACCUGGCGGAACGAUUUGAUCCAAAUCGCGAGCGCACACUCGGAAUCAUUACUCAACCUGAUAUCCUCGAGGCAAACUCCGAAGACGAAGAAACCUAUCUGCACUUUAUCAAGAAUAAAAAAGUUCAUCUAGAGCUAGGCUGGCAUGUCUUACGCAAUCGAUCGUUCGAGACCAGGGAUAUCUCGGACGACGCACGCGACGAGAUGGAAAAGGCCUUCUUCAACCAGGGACGAUGGACGUCGCUCUCACGGGAGUGUGUCGGCAUUGAGAGUCUACGCCGUCGCCUUAGCAGUAUAUUGCUCAAGCUCAUCCGUCGGAAUCUCCCAGAACUGACCGCAGAGAUCCAAGACAAGGUCUCUGAUCGACAGCGGCAACUCUCGAAAAUGGGGCCUCCUCGGUCCACUCUUCAGCAGCAGAGGGGUUACCUUCUCAACAUCAGCAGUAACUUUGAGCGCAUCACUGUGCAAGCUUUGAAUGGGAUAGCUGUUAUCCGGCAGCUGAAUGAAUACUUCGCGGACGCAAUGGCCAUUCGAGGCUGCCGCAGGAAAAUUGUCGACAGUCGCCCAUUUCUAAGCAAAGAUGACCUCCAAGUUGCUUCUGGGAAGCCUUACAUGGACGACUGGAAACCGGAAUAUGUGGAGCGCAGUUCUCUCGAAGCAGAGGUCAGCAAGCAAGCACGCAACAACAGAGGCAUUGAGCUGCCCGGGAAUGCGAACCAGCUUCUCGUGGGAAGCCUUUUUCGCGACCAGUCCAAACCAUGGGAAAUGCUUGCGAAGGAACACUUAAUGAAGGCCUGGGAGUCGGCAAGAUAUUUCGCAUUACUCCUUCUACAACACAUUACCGACGACCAUACCUACUCCUUACUGGUCAGCUUCGUCAUCGACGCCGAAUUUGAAAAGUUGAAGCAAUCAUUGCUUGGAAAGCUUGACGAGCUGACCGCAUAUACGAAGCCAGGCCACCCAUUGCCCGUGGGCAAGAGCUUUCUCUCCCAGAUUCAAAAGGCCAGAAGCAACCGUCAGCUAGAGUCACGAAGAGCAAAUCUCCGGGCCAGUGGUUUCGAGGAAAAGGGGGAAAAGCUAUUUACAAUGACAGACCUCGAGCAGGCCACAUCGUGGACGGAAUCUUCCCGCGAUGAAUUCGCAGCCGCCGAGAUCAUCGACCAGAUGCAAGCGUAUUAUGAGGCGAGAAGCGAGCUCGACAAAUUGCAAGCCGGCCUACGAGCUCUCAACGUCUUCAACAUCCAGAAGCCGUCAUUGAGUAGUCCAUCCCUAUUCGUAAAAAAGGCGGCUGCAGGACCAUCGCACGGUAUAAGUCCUUCCGCCGAUAAAAGCCGUCCAGGACCAACAAUACCAUCAUCCAAUGGAAAACCCUUCACCGUAACCGAGUGGACCGCGGCCUUUCAAUCUCCUGGACAACACCUAAACCACCCUCUGUACUUGAUUCGGCCCGGGAUUCACCAGUGA